GUCUAUCGAUCGGUCGACAGGACGGCGGUGGAGUUUACGGCGAGCGGUUUAUCCACGUUUGUUCACGUUGGCCCACGUUUGUGGAUCCUCCUGAAACGUAAAUAGUGCAUGACAGCUGCAGUUGCACGUGGCAUAGGCCUUUUAGAUCAUUGAUGCUUAUUGAUCUGUUAAUCGCGAGACGUAGCCGUAGUUUCCAACAUGUGGAUCCUACCGAUUAAAAUGUUAAUGUUAUGUCAGACCACGUGCGUGUCGCGAGAACCGCCGAGCUACCGACAGUUCCGUCCGACGCAUGUUGUCAAGCGUGCGGCAAUUACUCCGACAAUCGCCGCGCCCUCUCGCAAAUCGACGAGUGAAUUAGGAGAAUUUUUUGAGGACUGCGACGAAUCUCCAUCUGCCUGGACCGGAUGCUCACGAGUCCCCAUUUAUUCUUCCUGUGUGUAUUCUCUGUGUGAAACGUGUUAUGAUUUCGGGAAGAUGUAAUUCGUCAACAAUAAUUCGCUGCAUAUGUAAGCUGUCCAAGGAACAGUACAGUACAGGAAUAAACAAUUAUCGGAAAAAUUUUUAUCUCGCUGAAAGUGUUCUACUCCCCAUUGUUGAGUGCAAAAUGAAGAAAUUAAGUUACCACACUGCGCCGCCUUUUCUGUCGUCCGUCAAGGUGCCGUCAACAUCUCGACAGGACAGCGAGAAAGAGAAGCCUGAAGUGAAGACAAAUCGUUUGGGUUCGGAGAGGUCGCCGUAUUUAUUGCAACAUGCGACAAAUCCUGUGGACUGGUAUCCGUGGUGUGACGAAGCUCUGGAAAAGGCAAAGAAGGAAAAUAAGAUAAUUUUUGUGUCGAUCGGGUAUUCUACGUGUCACUGGUGCCACGUGAUGGAAAAGGAGUCGUUUAAGAAUGAAGAAAUCGCAAAAAUCAUGAAUGAGCACUAUGUUAAUAUCAAGGUGGAUAGAGAAGAAAGGCCCGAUAUCGACAUGAUGUGCAUGAUGUUUAUUCAGAGAUUGAGAGGUCAUGGUGGUUGGCCACUAAGUAUUUUCCUGACACCGGAUUUAAUGCCGAUAACAGGUGGAACCUAUUUCAGUUCUGCAAUGUUUACGUUGUAUUUGACACGAAUUGUGAAGGAGUGGGCAGAUGGAAAAGACAAAAUAGUCAAAUCUGCCACUACUAUAUCAGAACGUUUAAAGGAAUUAGCAACGAGCAGAGAGGAUAUAAAAGACGACGGAGUUCCCACGAUUGAUAGCGCUUUCUUGUGCGCUCACGUUCUAAUGAACAUAUACGAUUCGGAAUACGGUGGAUUUGGCAGUUCGUCCGCUCUUAACCCGAACUCACCGAAAUUUCCUGAACCGAGCAAUUUGAAUUUUCUUCUCAGUAUGCACGUUUUAAGCACCUCUUCCAUGUUGGUUGAGAUGACUUUAAAUGCAUGUCUGAAUACCUUGAAGAAAAUGUCUUACGGUGGAAUUCACGAUCACAUAGGAAAAGGAUUUCACCGGUACACUGUGGAUGCUCGAUGGAAAGUGCCUCAUUUUGAGAAAAUGCUUUAUGAUCAAGCUCAAUUAAUACAAUGCUACGCCGACGCUUACCUCAUCACGAAAGAUUCUUUUUAUUCCGAUAUCGUAGACGACAUCGCGACGUACGUCCUACGUAUUCUGCAACACAUGGAAGGUGGUUUCUUCAGUGCAGAGGAUGCGGAUUCGCUACCUACGUCCGACGCCACAGCGAAACGGGAAGGCGCAUUUUAUGUUUGGACCUAUGAUAGACUUAAAACUCUAUUGAAAAAAGAGAAAGUACCUGGUAAGGACAAUGUUACAUAUUUUGACCUUAUCUGCCGACACUUCUCAGUGCGAAAGGAGGGAAAUGUAGAAAGCCCACAAGAUCCUCACGGCGAGCUUACAGGCAAAAAUGUAUUUUCGAUGCAGGCAGGAAUUGAAGAUACUGCUAGUCAUUUUAAGCUUAGCGUAGAAGAGACACAAAAACAUCUCAAGGAAGCUUGUACUAUAUUGUUUGAAGACAGAACACAUAGACCGUGGCCUCAACUGGACGACAAGAUGGUCACAGCAUGGAACGGUCUUAUGAUAAGUGGUCUUGCGCGUGCUGGAAUAGCUGUAAAAAAUAAGACAUAUGUUGAAGCAGCCACUGAAGCUGCCACAUUUGUGGAAAAAUAUCUGUUUGACAAAAAGAAACGUAUAUUACUUCGUAGCUGUUACCGCAGAAGAGACGACAAAAUUGUACAGAGGAGCACCCCGAUAUUUGGCUUCCAUGAGGAUUAUGCAUUCUUCGUGAAGGGAUUACUCGACUUGUACGAGGCUACUUUUAAUCCACAUUGGGUCGAGUUUGCUGAAGAGCUACAAAAUAUUCAAGAUCGAUUGUUCUGGGACUCGCAGGACGGCGGGUACUUCGCUAUGGCCGAGGAGUCCCCGAUACUUACACGGACAAAAGAUUCUGAUGACGGUGCGUUGCCGUCCAGUAAUUCAGUCGCAUGUUCCAAUCUGCUGCGCUUAGCGAUUUACUUAGAUCGUGACGAUCUCAGGAAUAAAGCUGAAAAACUCUUGUGCGCGUUUGGCAACAAACUUGUGAGCUGUCCGGCUGCAUGUCCACAAAUGAUGUUAGCACUGAUCGAAUACCAUCAUCCAACACAGAUUUAUGUAACAGGAAAAACGGAUGCCAAGGAAACACUCGAAAUGCUGGAAAUAAUCCGCUCGCGUCUGAUACCCGGUAGGGUACUUAUAUUAGCCGAUGCUGAGCAGCGGGACAACGUGCUGUUUGAUAGGAACAUGAUUGUUAAAAGAAUGAAGCCACAGAAAGAUCGGGCAACGGUUUUCAUAUGUCGUGAUUAUUCGUGCUCUCUACCCAUUUCAAGUCCUAACGCCCUCAUUUCUGAGUUAAAUAAAAAGGUGUUUACCGAUUUAUAA